GAAGAGGGAAGAGAAGAAAAAAGAGAUUGAUAAUGGUGGCUGGUGCUUUGUUGAGAGCAAAGAUUGCUGCUGUCUUUUGUAGUCUAAGGCUGCAGAUCAUCUAGAUCACAGGGAUUUUUUUUCUUUGUUCCCCGUCCCUGGGCCUUGGGGCAAUAACAAUAACAACGAUAAAAUGAACACUAUUCAUUAUUGUUUGGACCACGGCUUACGUGCUUGCAUUUGUAAAUCUGCAGUGGCUAGUGCGCAUGCAAUAGGUGGUGGGGCGUUCUUUGUAAUGCUAGGAUCUGUGCUUCCUGUUAUCUAAAACAGAAGAGGAAAACCGACAGCAUCGAAGAAAAAGGAAGGGGAAGUCUGAGAAGGCCCUGAUGCACAAAAAACCCUGAUUGUCUUAGUACCCUGGAGAAUCGCCAGAAAAUGCAAAACAGCGAAGUAAUAAAGCCUGCCAAAUACUUCUCUGAAGUAGAGAAGAGUGUGCUGCUUGCACUUGUCGAGAAAUACAAAUAUGUACUUGAGUGUAAGAAAAGUGAUGCUAGAACUAUUGCGCUGAAACAACGGACCUGGCAAGCACUUGCUCAUGAAUAUAAUUCUCAACCGAGUGUAUCUCUCCGAGACUUCAAGCAGCUAAAGAAAUGCUGGGAGAAUAUUAAGGCACGGACCAAGAAAAUAAUGGCACAUGAAAGACGAGACAAGGUAAAAAGGUGUAUUAGUCCACUUAUAAGUAAUCACAUCCUAGGAAAGGAGAAGAUCACCAGCAUGGUACCUGAGCAAGUGUACUUUUUGCAGAGCCCACCGGAAGAAGAUUCUGAAUAUCAGCCUGAAGCUUCCAGCCAAGAACCUUUCACUGUUUUAAAUAGAGAACUUUGUGAUGAAGAUAAAGAUCUCAUACAUUUCCAGGUAUGCGAAGGUACCUCACAACCUGAACCCUCCUGUUCAGCAGUUAGAAUAACUGGCAAUAAAAAUUUCAGGAGUAAGGCUGCCCAAGAGAGUGAUCUUAAAAAGAUGCAUGAGGAAGAACACCAUCAGCAAAUGUCUAUCUUGCAGCUGCAGCUUAUCCAGAUGAAUGAAGUUCAUGUGGCAAAGAUCCAGCAGAUCGAGAGGGAAUGUGAGAUGGCUGAAGAGGAGCACAGGAUCAAGAUGGAGGUGCUCAACAAAAAAAAAAUGUACUGGGAGAGGAAGCUGCAAACCGUUGCAAAAGAGUGGCCUGUUUCAUCUUUUAACAGACCAUUCCCUAAUUCACCCUAGAAAAUGCAGUAGCCUGCAGUAAAUUGGACUGAAAUCACUGAUACAGUAGAAGGCAAUGGUUGGGGAAGUGUCAAUUUAUGCUAAAUUAAUAUUUUUAGUGUGAGAGAAUAGCAGCACAGUUGGCUGUGAACAAACCUUAAGGAAGAGCUAAGAAAAUAAUUUAUAGUCUAACUUCAAACGAAACUAUCAAAAUUUCUUUGGAGGACAAACACUGUUACAGCUCCUGACACAACUUUAAAAUUCAUACAGCAAGCCUAUUUCAGAGUCCCAUUUGUCUUUUCACUGAUAUCCUUCCCUCCACUUCUGUUCUAGAAAAUAAUUUCAAGAGAUCGAGCAUUUUAUGUAUUGUAUUUUACAGUUGGAAGUGUCGGUUUAUUUCAAAGAAAGAGUAAGCCAUCUUAGAGUUAAAUAGCAGGGCUGGAUUUCUCUCCAUAAUUGUAUGAAGAGAGAAUGCUGCUAGCAGUUGUGUAGUGACCCAGCUGCAACACUGAGCAAAAGAAAUUAUGUCUUUGCUUGGUUUUCUCUUUAUAACAAUUAGUGUAAAGUGGGAGACAUAGCAAUAUCCCAGCAGUAUUGCAUCAGGAAGAGAAACACUACAUUUUCAAACAACUGUCUGAUUGGCUUUCUGUUUGGCCUUGGUUGCUGAGUACAAAGGAAAUGUGUCCUUCUCUCCACCACCCUGUUUAAACAUGUAGGCAUGAGCAGCUUUCCAACUGCUUUUCAGGCUUUUGCCUGAAGCAGAAAGAGACAUCAAAUGAAUUAGUACUGUCUGCCUGUAUAUCUUAGGGCCCAGUCCUAUGCAUGUUUAGUCCAAAGUAAGUGCACAUAGAAUUGCAUCCUUAGUGUGAUAACUGGCACAGAAACUCCUCAUUUGUUUCAGUUUGGCUUGUUUGGCUUCUCUUCAGUGUCAACCACUGUAGCAUCUAGUGCAGGUCAGGUCCCUUUAUCUGUAUGACUGAAUUGCCCUCUUCAUGCUAUGCCUGUCCUAGUCCCUGUCCAUAGGUGUCUGAGUGAAUAAGCACAAGCCAACAUAUAAAGGUUAAAGUGAAGCUUAUCAUACAACACAGAGUUGUUUCUUGCAUUACAUAUUUACAUUUUAUGUGUCUGUGUGUAAAAACAUCAUGAACGCAUAUGGCAACUACAGAUUCAGCUGGGAUUGGCUAUAGCUCCCUGCUGCCCCACAUACACAUAUAUGUAUCUACAUGUUUACAGCUACAUAAUGUGUGAAGCAGCCCUUGAAGAACAUUCUCCUCUGGAUACAGAUGGGUGGCAAGGAAAAGGAAGAAGCCCUUUUCCAAAUACUGGAACAAAAGAGGAACAGUAUUCUCAUUGUUAAGAAGCAGUAACUGAUACCCACACUUUCAUAUGAAGGCUUGUCAGUUAAGAUGAAUAAGUACAUAUGAUGGGUCUUAGCAAUAUUUCUUCUUGAAAUAUAAGGAAUGUUCAUUGAUUGGCCUUGUUCACCUGUCCAAGUUGCUUUCUUCCUGUGAGUUUCAGGUACAUUUUUUCCUACCGCGUGUGUUACUGCUAAAACAGAGCCUUGAAGCUCUUUCAGAGUGUUGUCAAAUCUGCUUCAAAAUUAGCAUGGGUGGAUGAGAGCUGCCCUACCCACCCUUUAUAUGCACAGCAGUAGAAGCAGAGGGAAUGGAGAAGAGAAAAAGCAUAGCCCAUGGAUGAGGAACAAAUUACUACCACCUGCUUUUUGUCGUUGCACAAUCUGUUGUACAUAACUGGCAAAAGUAUUUGCUCAGUGAACUGUUGACAGGCCAGUGUGCAGAUCUAGCUCAUUGUGUGAGGAACAGGAGAUCCACCAUUCAUGGGUACAGAUUCCUUCUUGUGCAAAGCUUGAUCUGCGCCACUCUGCUGCUGUAGGCUCAGACCUCUAUAGAACAGGGAUGACUCAAUUCAUUUUUUUCCAGUGUAUUUUGUUUACCAUAGUGAAAAUGCUUAAAUAAGUCAGACAAAUAGAGGUUCAUUCUGGAAUGUUUAAUGGGAAGAAUGAAAACAAGGUGGAUAUAUAGUUUUGGCAAUGGAUUUGUUCAUUGCAACUUGCUAUUGAAUAGCUUUCUUCUAUCAAAUGAAUUUCUGAACUGCACACUAGUUAACAUCUAACUGAUCCCCAUUAAAACAAACAUACCAGAAAGCUGGCAAAGAAAAUGGGAAAAUAACCAGAGUAUAUACUAGUGAGGUUUUCAUUACUUCUCUUUUUUAUAACAUUUUCAAAAAAUUCUUUUCCAAAAAAAGACCAUGUAAGUUAAUACAUGUUUUCACUUAGUACCCAGCUUGAUAUACAUUACACAGUUCAUAGAAACUGUGGACCACACUGGUAAAGCCAAUCUGACCAACAUGGAAUGCAGAAAAUUGCAAAACCAGUGAUGCAGAUUCUAAUGUAAGAGAGUGGGGAGAGUUCCUUGAGCCUCAGGAAAUCACAAAUGGAUUUUUAAAAAGUAAAAUAUGUGGGUGAUCUUUUAGGUCUAUGUUUUACCAGACUGAUAACUUAGAUCUGUUGCUACUUGUUAGGAUUGUCUGAUGAGACCCCUGCUGAAGAAGGAAUCCCAGCAGGUACAUGUGUACUCACCCAUGCAUGAAAAAUUGUAUCUGCCAAAAUUUCCAUUUCUAACCAACUACUGAUAUGAAUAACAGCCUCUUCUUCACAUUUGGACCCCCAGGAUACGGGCAACUAGAUCACAAUGGCCCUUAUUACAGAUUCUUCUAGAGUGUACUGACUUUUUGUUUAUGUCAGCCAACUAUAUCGCAGCACCACUGAUACUCUUACUUCAUAAUUAAAUGUGCUUUAAAUUCUGAUUUUCUAGGACUGCUAGGUGGUGCUAUGUCUUAAUUCCCCAUUACAGUGGAAGAUAUAAGUAUCACUGCUUUCUCCUACCUCUUUCUGUUGUGACUCCUUGGUCUACCCUCCUAACAGGCUGCAAUAAAGGUGUUUCAUACAGAAUGCUGGAGAGGGGCUAGCAUUUAAGGGAUAAGGGGAAGAUCAGACAAAAGAAGCUGCAAAUGUUCCAUUUCCCACCACAUCAGGGAAUUGAAAGGUACAGCACAGAUCUCUGGGUUGUAGCCUCCUAUCCUAUCCAUUGCCACUGCUGUAGCAACAUGCAGUAGCAAUCAUGUGUUACAAAAUGUAACACCAUUAUACUCAUUUUUACAACUGUAAAAAAUUCUUGCCAAAAAUAUGUGGAAAGCCUCAAAACAGGUGAAUUUAGCUGGCUGGAAGUAUAUGUUUAUAUAUUUUAUUAUGGGACAUUCUGCCCCAUAUCCAUUUCAAACUUCCCUUAUUCAGAAGUUAAUGUGAAAAAGGAUAAUCUUCCCAGUUCUGUCAUCUUCUAGUCCAUUUCUUAAUAUUCCAAUUCUGUACUCCCCAUGACCUAUGUUACCCCUUUUGCAAAACUUUGUUCAAACAACACUCAAGGGUUUAAUUUUUUUAACCAAGUAAGCUAUUCUAAAACUAUGUGUUUUCAGUUAAACAGUAAUUAAUGCAGUAUUUUUCUUAAUAAAUGGUGGCAAAAGUGGCUUAUGAACUCGGCAACAUUUUAGGCUUACCACACUCAACCCCCCUUUUUAACUGGAUGUUUAGAGAGAGUACAUGUCUUUUCACUGACAUGAAAAGUGUCUUCACAGUUCAAAGUGGGGUUUUAUUCUGCUGCCUGCCCUUCAUUUUGUUGCUGGAGAGGAACAGGAAUUGUACUACAAUUUCAGUGCUUCCACAUCUUUCACAUUCUAGACUCUGAAAAUACCACAUACAUAAUUUCUUUUCUUUCUUUAUCAUCUUCUGGACUUCUGUUUGGUGUUACCUGUUAAGAGGUUUAUGUUGGAUAUCAUCUUCACUGAAUUUUCCUUCAGUAAUUUAUGUAAUUUGAAAAACUUUGGAUUGUAUCUUCUUCGUUUUGCCCAAAAUAGUGAAAUACGUUGCUGGUAUAUUGGAGAGAAGAUUGUUAUGUAUUCCUCACUCCAAUUAUGCCCGCCUGCCCAAAUCAGUGCUAAGUAUAAUCCUAAUUCUGCAUCAUCAUGAAAAGCUGAAUUUCAGUUCCAAAUUAGGAAACUCUUCCACGUGAGCUGAAUUGCAGAAUAUACACAAUCUGGUAUUAUGAACACGGGAUUUUACUUUCUUAUAAUACUAGUGCUCAUGUACCUACAAAAGAACUGAAUAUGAGUUUAAUGAAAAUAUAAUGAGCUUCAGUUUAUGCUCAACACACAGGUGUCUUUUAUCCCUGCAUACUCUCUUUACAGAGUGUUACAUAAUGUUGCCAUCAUUUCAAGCAUCACCUUGUUGUUUAGUUCAGGUUGCUGCUAUAGUAAGAAGAUGGCUUUUGUUUUUGAAUACUUUCAGUAGUGGUGUUGGGUUUCUUUGUUUUACUGUUUGGUCAUUGUAAAACCAUCUAGGCUUUCUACAAGAUUGUUGAUAUUUUCUUAUUGGAUGGUAUUGUAGUUUGCUGACUUUUUAAAAUCUUGUUAUUUUUUUAAAUAACACAAAAUUGAAAAACACUGAGGGGUAAUAAAAUACAUACACAUAGAAAAAACCCCCAAAGUAUCAACAUUCGAAGAAGUGCUGAAAAUGUUAGAGAAGUGGAUAAAGUCUUGAAGAGAAGUAAGGACAUUAACAGAUCUAAGUCUACCAUGUCUGAAAAUCAAGAUCCAAAGAGCUACUUUAAGCACACUUAGGGGUUGGGGUAUGCCCUUUAGCAUAUUUCUUUAGAUGCCAGGCCCCUGAGCCAUACCACAAACUGCUUAGGAAAAUCCCCUCUGUUUCAAAAGUGGCUUGCCGUAAGAUACAGAGAAAUAGUGUUAGGGAAACAAGCAAAAUGUACUAUUACACACAUAGUACUUGUUCUGUUUUUUGCAUCCUAGGCACAGUAAGUCUCAGCAAAUAGAAGCUAUUCCAGUUUUUUUAUCCACCAAUAUGUAAUAUGUGAUAGGUAGUAUGAACAAUUGACAGCAAUUUCAUUGUAGGUUGUGGAGAAUGGUUAAUGAGCUAUUGAGCAAGAAUGGCAACAACCCUUCUGCUCUUAAUGGUUGUCUAAUUGCUGCCAGCAGUGACAGCCCCUCUACUGAUGCCCAAAUGACAGUUUGAGUGACUGCUACCACUUCAUAACUGUUUAAAAAAAGAAACAAAUGGCCCCCCAAAAAUUGCACAACUGUGAUUGUAAUUUUUUAUUAUUUUGUUAGUUUUUCGCAAGUGCUUUGUUACUUCUGUCUGAUAUGUGUCUUGCCUGGUCAAGUUCCUUGUAUAUUUUAGCUGUCAAAGGGAACAAGAAAGUAGAGUGGAUAAUAAACAUGGAAAUUCAAGCUGAUAAAGCAUAUAGGCUAAUUUGCACAUAAUUGUCAAGGACCAUUUGCCAACUGAGAAGCACCAAAAACAUGGGUCCUCAAACUAUGGCCCAGGGGCCAGACCUGGCCCACUGCUGCUCACGUCGCCCCACAGGAGGCAGCAGUUUGCUCACUUGGAGAAAACGAUCUCAAAGCAAGCAAACCGCUGCCUCGUGUGCUCACCUCACAGCACGUGCCCACCCACAUCCCGCCUCCCCUCGCGUGUGUGCGCCUGCCCACGCCUCCCCUUGGGCGCCUCCUCUCCCCUCACCACAUGCGUCCACAUGCCCUGCCCCCUCGCUGGCCCGUGCACACUGCUGGCACCACCUUUCAGGCCCGCGCCCAGCACCAGCACCUUUCAACUGGCCUCCUGAGGAGCCCUGACCAAAAAGGUUAAGAAAAGUAGAAGUAUGUGCACCAAAAUAUGUUUCCCCUUCACAAAGUGAACCUGUUGGGUUUGUGUGUUGGACCGACACUUUGCAGUGCCCUCCAGCUUUUCCGCACUUCCCUGACUCUCCAGCUACUCUAAAAAGGGGAAAUAUUGCCUUCCUGCUUUCCUUGGCUCCUCUUCGAAGCACUUACUGUUGCGGUUACUAUGGGUCCAGAUGGUUUUUUCAUUAAAUUGAGAAGGCUGCUGAUGGAACAGGGAGUGCUGAUCUUCCAUUUGCUCCAUACAGGUUUGCCACCUUUAUAAUGUUUAAAAAAAACAGCCAAGAUUUUUUGCACAAUUUUUGGAAGAGGAAAUCACACAAAUUUAAUGGCUGGGAAGUAAAUGGAGGGCAAAUUUGUGUGUAAAGCAAUGGAACAGCUAAUGCAGGAGUACAAAUUUAUCCCCCAUUUAGUUCCCAGACCUUCGAUUUAUGCAGUAUUCCCCUUCAUUUACUUUCUAGUCAUUAAUUUGCAUAUAUUUUACUAGGGAAGGGGAUUACAUCCAUGAGGGAUCUUCAUUAACUGCACCAAUCUCUGAAAAAUAGCUGUCAAAAGUGGGGGAAGGGUUAAAACUUCACUAGGAAGUGUCAGUUAAAAAGCACUUAAAAUUGCCCAGCGGGAAAUACUGUCUCCCCACCCUUUUAGUGCACCUACUUUUUUGCUUCCCCAACUUUCCAGUCCUUUUCAAUUGAUAGCUCAAUUGGACCCUGACAACUUUGCACAAAUUAGUCUAUAUGCAAUAUCACCUUGUUAAUUUCCAUCUAUGUUAAGGCACUUCUCUGCUUCCUUGGACAGCUGAAACAGGCAAGGAAAGUGACCAGGCAGGAAUAUGAAUAUAUAUAUGGAUGACUAGAAGAAUCCACUUGCAAAAGACCAAUAAAAAUAGUUGUAUUUAAAAAUAUAAGAAACACAUUUGUGCAAUUUUCUGGAAAAGAGAGAGAGGAGAGAAGAAGGGCAAAGACACCGCAUUGUUGCAUCUUUGAAUUUUAUUUUUGAAGUGAACAAAAAGGGGUGGCAAAUGGAAUGUGGGGAAACAAGAUUGGUUUUGCAAGAAAAUACACAAAUGCUGGUUUGAGAACAAAGGGGAAGGAGUGGGAUGACAAGCUACUGUCAGCCUAAUUGUCUGCUGGGUACACCAUGGAUUGUUCCACAAACAACCUACUUUCUAGGUUAUUUGCAGUGUGGUUUAGAGUGAAGUGCAACUUGCCCAAGAACAAGUAAGUCUGGUAUUUUUCCCCAGUCCUUCCAAUAAAAUUCUCAUGCUGAAUAUUUGUCAGACAUGUAUCCUUGUGAAAUAUUUAAAAUGUCUCUGUGCCCACUCAUUUUCCAUUUCAGUAACCAUAACUCUGAUUCAAACACUUGGUGUAUUUCACAGCAGGUCACUCAACAGGCAAGCAACUUGCAUCUCAGGUCUAUACAAACUUGUGCACCCCCAAACUCAGUGCAGUGACCAGCCAGAAAGUGUGACCUGCCAUAUUCUUCACAA